GAAACCACACACCAGCAGAAAAACGUCUCAUCUUUCUACACAUUUCCCCACUCCCAGCACUUUGCUCGAGGCUUCUGCUGGCAGAGGAGCAGCGGAUGAGAUGGGGACAGCCACAGAGGGCCCUGUGACAGCUGCUGCAGGCUUGCCCAGUCUGUUCCCAGCCAUGGGAGGCUCUGCAAACACGAGCUCUGUGGGUAACACCAGUGGAGCUCCCUCCUCUGCGCCGUGCCAGCGUGACACCACCGUCACCCACCUGCUCUUCCCCGUGCUCUACACCCUCAUCUUCCUCCUGGGGCUCCUGCUGAACAGCCUGGCCUGCUGGGCCUUCUUCCACAUCCCAAGCACAUCAACCUUCAUCAUCUACUUGAAAAACAUCUUGGUUUCUGAUUUCAUCAUGACGCUGAUGCUGCCCCUGAAGAUCCUGACGGACUCCGGCCUGGCGCCGUGGCAGCUCAAGGCCUUUGUCUGCCGCUUCUCAGCCGUGAUAUUCUAUGACACCAUGUACAUCAGCAUCGUGCUGCUGGGGCUCAUCGCUUUCGACAGAUUUCUCAAGAUUGUGAGACCUUUUGGGAAGUUCUGGGUGCAAAACCUGACCUCAGCAAAGAUCCUGGCGUCUCUAGUCUGGCUCUUCUUCCUCGUCCUGUCCCUGCCCAACAUGGUCCUGUCCAACAAGGCAGCGACGCCGCAGUCCGUGAGGAAGUGUGCCUCCUUGAAGAGCCACCUCGGGCUGAAAUGGCACGAGGCUGUCAACUACAUCUGUCAGUUCAUCUUCUGGACUGUCCUCAUCCUCAUGCUGCUAUUUUAUAUAGUCAUUGCCAGAAAGGUAUAUGAGUCCUAUGUAAAAACACAGAAGAAAGGCAACAGAAGCGAAAAGCGGAUCAAGGGGAAGGUAUUCAUCAUUUUUACCGUGUUCUUCCUGUGCUUUGCUCCCUUCCACUUCAGCAGGGUGCCCUACACCGUGAGCCAGACGAGCGCCCGCAUGGAGUGCCGGCUGCAGAACCAGCUGUUCGUGGCCAAGGAGAGCACGCUGUGGCUGGCAGCCACCAACGUCUGCAUGGACCCCCUCAUCUACCUGCUCCUCUGCAAGCCCUUCCUGCAGAAGGUCUUCUACAGGAGGGUGAGGGCUCUGCAGGGAGCAGCCCAGGCAAGCCCAAAAACAGAGCUGGACACACGAGUAUCUCCCACCGAGUCCUGAUUCUGCAGCUGCACACUC